GCCCCGUCCGUGCAGAGGGGAGACGCUCGCGUUCCGCCAGCUUUCUGCCGUUACCGAGAGCGCGCGAGGGGGGACUUUUCCAUUUCUCUCGCUUUUUGAGGAUUUUAACGCAUUUUUAUUAUUAUUAUUAUUAUUCGAUCGGGCCGAAGAGCGGAGAGGAGAAAAAAAAAACACGGGUUACUUUGGAGAAAGCACAAUGUCAGCGACCUUCCCCGGACUUGUCCACGACGCAGAGAUACGUCACGACGGAUCAAACAGCUACCGGCUCAUGCAGCUCGGCUGCCUGGAGUCCGUGGCCAACUCCUCGGUCGCCUACUCCUCCUCCUCCCCGCUCACCUACCCGGCGCCGGCGGGGACGGAGUUCGCCUCGCCCUAUUUCUCCGCCAACCACCAGUACACGCCCCUCCACCACCAGUCCUUCCACUACGAGUUCCAGCACUCCCACCCGGCCGUGGCCCCGGAGGCCUACGGGCUCAACUCGCUGCACUCGGGCCAGUACUACCAGCAGAUCCACCACGGGGAGCCCGCAGACUUCAUCAACCUACACAAUGCGCGCUCGGCCCUCAAGUCCUCCUGCCUGGACGAGCAGCAGCGGCGCGAGCUGGGCUGCCUCGACGCUUACCGGCGCCAUGACCUGUCGCUGAUGACGUCACACGGCUCCCAGGCCUACGGCGUCGGCAUGCACCACCCGGACCAGAGGCUGCUGCCCGCCGCCGGCCUGGGUCUCCCUUCGUCCGCGUCAGACGACCUGCAGGGCUCCGUGGAAGCGCAGUGUGGGCUCGUGCUGAACGGCCAAGGGGGCGUCAUCCGGAGAGGGGGGACAUGUGUGGUGAACCCUACAGAUCUGUUCUGCUCGGUACCGGGCCGCCUGUCGCUGCUCAGCUCCACCUCCAAGUACAAAGUCACUAUCGCCGAGGUGAAAAGAAGACUGUCCCCACCAGAGUGCCUCAACGCCUCCCUACUGGGCGGCAUACUGCGCAGAGCGAAGUCUAAGAACGGAGGCCGGUGUCUUCGUGAGAAACUAGACCGUCUAGGCCUCAACCUGCCGGCGGGGCGGAGGAAAGCUGCCAACGUCACGCUGCUCACCUCCCUGGUGGAAGGUGAGGCGCUCCACCUGGCGAGGGACUUUGGCUACACCUGCGAGACAGAGUUCCCCAGCAAGGCAGUGGGGGAACAUUUGGCGAGGCAGCACAGUGAGCCGAAAGAGACCAGCGCACGCAAGAAAAUGGUCCUGGCCACAAAGCAAAUCUGUAAGGAGUUCCAGGACUUAUUGAGCCAAGAUCGCUCUCCUCUGGGCUCCUCCAGACCGACCCCCAUCCUGGACCUGGACAUCCAGAGACACCUCACACACUUCAGUCUGAUCACUCACGGGUUCGGCACGCCGGCAGUCUGCGCGGCUCUCAGCACCUUCCAGACGGUCCUGAGUGAGAUGCUCAACUACCUGGACAAAAACUCGAGCGGGAAGACGAGCGGACCCACCGACCAACAGAUCAACAACAACUCAGAAAAGACGCAGCUCCGGAAAACAGCCGAGCCCCAGAGCAAAGACGGGAAAACAGAAAAGACUGAGUAGCCCACACCCACCCGGUCCCCGUGCCUUGGAGCGCUGCAUUUAGGAGUGUGUGUGUGUGUAACUGUGUGUGUGCACUCUCAGAAAGGAUUUAAGUCCCGUGCAUUACUGUGUCUUAUUUGGGACAAUUCAUAUUUAUUGUUAUUUAUUUAUCUUAUGUUGAAAUGUAACACUAACCAGAAGUGUCCCAAACAAGACGUCCUGAUGUGAGAGUGGAACAUCCUGUUUAGGUGUGUGUGUGUGUCAUGACAAGGAGGAGCCUCGCCAUGGAGACGGCUGUGACUCAUCCAAGACUUUUAUUUCUUUAUUUAUUAAUUCUGAAAACAGGAAGUAAACAUGGACAUGCUGACAUCACAGGUUUCCAGGACAACAUACACACUUUACACACACAUUUUAAGGGUUUUGGGGCAAUUUGAUCUCAACCCAGCAAAUUUAGGUGUGAAUUUUCUUCCACAACACAAAAACUAAAACACUUUUUUGACCUUUAAGGGUCCCUUUAAUCUUUUUUGUAUUAAAUAAUUACAGAAAUCUUUGUCAUUACCGACUAAAAUUCUAAUCUUGCUUCAAUUAUGUGUUGACUAAACUGAAAUAAUUUCAUCUUCCAAACAUUUUUCAUAGUUUAAUUGAAUCACCCUUACCGAUGCACUCACACACACACACACACACACACACACACACACACACACACACCUGUACCUGUGACAGCACUUGAACCCCCACCAAGCAGACUUACUUUAAUUUCUACGCCGUACAAUCAGUGCCAUAGCAACCAGUGUGUUUACCAUGUGGGCUGGAUGUGAGACUGACGCCACUGCCUGGGGUUGGCUACACUGUGGUGUGUUUGUCUAAGUGUGUGUGAGUGUGUGUGUGAGAGAUAAAGAGAAAGAGAGAGAGAGAAAGAGUGUGAGAGAGAGAGAGAGAGA